AAACGUUGUGUAUUGGAUCUUUUUGGCUAUUUAUAAAUCAUCUGAAAUCACGGAUACUUGAACAAGAGUCACGCAAAUGUCGUGGCUCCAAGAUUUGGCCGGUAGGGCGGAGAAUAUUCUCACAAAAAUCGACCAGAAUGCAGCGACAGUGCUACAGAAUCGCCCUGAUGAUGUGGACGGCCUGUUGGAAGUAAGUGUGACGAGUGAAGGUCCUCCAAUACAAACCACUAUCAAACCAAGGAGCAUCACUUCGCACCUCAACGUACGGUCUCCGAAAAAACUGGCUAAGCCUGUGGCGUACGAAAGAAACAUUGAACCAGACGCGGAUACUUUGUCGUCCAAAUCCGAAAGGCAAAACAUUUCCGAGACUUCAUCCAGGCGCAGUUCGAUCAACUCGAAAAAGGAAGGAACUGUUAUUGACAUGAGCACGGUAGUGGCCAGCAGUCCUAACCCUGCCGGUCAUGAGUUCAGUUAUUGCAUCGAAAAAGAGCUGGCUGCCACGAAAAUUAUUCUUGCCGAGGUCCGGUCCGAGCGAGACGAACUCAAAACCGAUCUAGACGCAGCCAUGUCGCAGCUCAGCAACGGAGAAGCGGAGGCCAAGCUGGUGGAGCUGGAAUCACUCUGUGAAAGCUUGGUAGAGGAAAAGAACGAUUUAUCCGGCAAACUUCUCAACACGGAAGAGGCUAACAGUAAAUACGUUAAAUCCAUCUCCGAACUGGAGUCAACCGUGGCGAAGCAUUUGCAAAACGAACAGGAACUACACGCGAGACUGGAAACGGCCAAGCUUGAAGCUGAAAAUGCAAUGUCCGAACUGCAACAGUAUCGUGUACGGGCUCACGCAACGUUGCAGCUGAAGGAAAAAACCAUUGAGCAGCUAAAGGAACAAAUUACCUGCGCCAGCAGCAAUGGUGGUGCCAUCGAUGGACUCUCGAACGUUAGUAACGCCGAACAAAUACUGCAGAUUGAGCUAGAGCAAACGAGGCAAGAAAAGAUGAACUUAACGGAAGAGCUCAACAGUCUCCAGGAGCGGUUGAAGCAACGCGAAGGACAAUUUCUGGCUUCAGAAGAACGGCUAAAGACAACGGUGUACAAUCUUGAGCAAAAUACUCAAAAACUGCAGCAGCAGCUAACCUUCGAGGGUGACAGAUUUCUGCAGCUGGAAGAUGACUUUAAAAUCAAACAGAACGAGCUUUCAUCUGUUCGGAAUGAGCUAGUGAAACAGAGGACCAUGUUCGCGUCCCGCCUGUAUGAAAAGGAUGCAGAGCUACAAAAAUUGCAUAGCAAAAUGCAGAAACGUCCAACGAGUCCAUCCACUGACCUUGAAGAUCGUCUGGUGUCGCUGACUCAAUCGUUAGUUCAAAAGCAAACGACACUGGAAACGACCACGGCAGAAAGGAACGCUCUGCGAUUGCAACUGGAAAAAUUGGAAAACCAGUACCGGAGCACUGCAUCCCAAGUGAGGCAACAGAGAGCGGUCUAUUUGAAUAGCAACGUAACCGAUGAUGCCAAAUCACAGGUUCCCAAUUUUAUGGUGGAAAAUCCUUUCGACAACAACGUUGCCCGUAGGAUGAAGCGUGCAUAUUCGUCCCUCGAUUCGGUUGGCAUUCGAUUGGGAGUGUUCCUGCGCCGUUACCCUCUCAUCCGCAUCCUGGUUAUUGUAUACGUAGUUAUCCUGCACUUAUGGGUUAUGUUUGUACUCUUAUCAUCGACACCGACCUAGGAAAAGUUCCAAACGAAUGUGUUAAGAAAUAGCAAAUUAUGAUUUUAUUCCAUUCGUCGGCAUUUAAUGCCAUACAACUUACCCUUACAUUGUCACAUGCGUAAUAA